CACCCGCGAGCUAGUCGUCUUCUUGUUCUCCCCGGCACGCGACGAAGUGCUGUCCGCUGUGCUGCAAGGGGCGCAAAUGGAGUUUUCAGCUUCUCAAAGACAAAAGGCCAACAGUUUGCAUGGCACUGCAGGGCCGUCCAACUACCGAGAUGCAUCUAGUCUAAGUAAUUCAAGAGGUACAUGGAAAAAUUCACCUACUCCAAUAACCGCCCCAUCGAAUAAACGUAACACACGCCUCGGGCCAGCAGCGAGCCCCUACGAUCAAAUCUCCAACGGCAACAGUCUCCGAACAAAUCCGAAUGCACGUCGAACGCUUCUUGAUACCCCCGCACGACCAUCAUUGCCACAAGAACCCAAGCACUCCAAACUUGAUCACGCACCCUCCAGUACCCUUGUUAAACGGAUCACCAAUUCGAGUUCCAUGAACAACACCCGCGCUUCCAUAAGACAUACAGGGCAAUCAGAUCCCGAGGUACAAAUCAUCGACCGACCUCAUGGAAUGAAAAAUGGAGAAGAUCUUGGGGUACCUGUACCUCGUCCUCAUCCUUUGUCGUCUUCACCAGACCCCAUGAAUCUUCAUCCUUUCCAGACCUUUCCAAGUGACCCACAAUAUGCUGACUCCAGGAAGGGCAAAGGAAAGGAUUCCUCUCCGACCACACAACCCUACACUGCGGUUGUGUCUGAUGAAGUUGAUGAUAUUGAAGACUUUUCGUCAGAGGCAGGCAACAGCCAGCCUUCGCUCCCUCCGAAACCUCAAUCGCAGCGAGCUGCAAUAGUUGCGCCCAUACCGGAAUAUAUUGUCCGCGAUACUCGAAAAGUAUUCGAAGAGAAGGUUCCAUUCCUGGAUUUACGGAAACUGAGUGGUAGCGCUGGACUUGUCAAGCAAAUGAAACCGAAAAAAACAAUUAAGUCUGUCCCAACCUCUCGAUCACAGCUUGAUCAUAUUACGACGUCGUCCACGCAAUUCACAUCUAAGGAGUUUGCUCGCACAAAGGACCCUCCACUGAAGCUCCCUUUGCAAGCAUGGGCAAUCGGUUUCAAAAUCUUCAGGGCCGAAAAUGGUUCCGAGCCCCCUGUCUUUGAGUAUGAUCCAAAGACCAGACGUCUCAAUGUAGCUGUACCUGGACAGUCUCCAUCUUUCUGGUUUCAACAAACCAAUAUGUUUAAAGGCGUAACAGUCACAAAUGACGAAGAGAAAUCCUUGAAAGACAACGUAGUCAUACAGCUAGAGACGGCAAAAGACUGCGAAAUCUGUGAAAAUGGAAAUCCAAUAGAUGAGUUUGAACCUGGACUGGGUCGCGGACGCGGGAACCUGACGUUCUUGUUUAGUACGGACGAAGCCAAAGGAUGGACGCAAUCGAUAUAUCAGAAACUACGCUUUCGCCUGGCUGAAGCAGCAUCUACACGCAGCACUGCAAGACCAACGGGCGCAAUCUGGGGGAACGUCCAGCAGUUUGCAGAGAUGUAUCAACAGCAAAGUCGUCGUUCGUCUAAUUCUCGCCACGAGCCGAUGGCCUCUUCCAUCAAGAAUGCAUCCCCUGCGCCAGAUGUGUUUAGCUCUACAAUCAAUUCUGGAUCGUGCCUAGCACCUGAUAUUAAAUCAGCAAACGCCGGGGCCGGUACAUCGCGGCGCUCUGCUGCUGCAGUACUCCAAACUCCAUCAGAAUCUCCUCCCAUAGCAGAUCCUGAAGAACUAAUUCUCGUAUAUCCCCCAUCUGGCCCUGGCGCAUUGAACAUCAUGGGCAGCGAUUUGAACAGGCUCAGACCGCACGAGUUCCUCAAUGAUACAUUAAUAGAGUUUGGCUUAAAGCUUUGGCUCGCUGAUCUUAAGGAGCAAAAUCCAGAUCUUGCGGAACAAAUUCACGUCUUCAGUUCGUUCUUCUAUAAGAAGCUCAACAACAAGAAAAGCUUGGACGAAGGAUACCAAAGCGUGAAGAAAUGGACGUCCAGGGUUAACAUAUUCUCAAAGAAAUACAUAAUUGUCCCGAUUAACGAGAAUCUUCACUGGUACCUUGCCAUCAUCUAUGAACCCGAGUACACUCUUCUCCCACCCCUUCCUCAGAAAGAACCUUCUCUUUCACAACGAGCAAAGCUGCGGCGAAAGACUGCUAUCGAGCCAGACGUAAUUCCUGCGACUGAGCCUGAGGCUGUACCACCCCAGGACCUACCAGCACUAGGAACACGAUCAGAGCCAGACGCUGAAUCGGCCUCACUGCACGCUACUUGCGCGUCCACGCCAAGUAUUACGCAAGAUGAAAACAUGGAUGACAUCUCACCUGUGGAAUUCACACAGUCAUGUUCAAUAUCUAACCACCUUCCUCCGAGACUACUCAGGGUUUCACCAUCCAACUCUGUAUCUACACAAGGCAGAUCCGCUUCUAUUGGCAAGGCCUCAGGGAGAUCGAUAUCCGUCGAAGCACACGUAGACUUACUCUUAUCGACGUCUUCUCCGUGUCUGGAACCGAUGGAUGUUGACGUCACCGUUAUCGACAUCGACACGAUCCCAGAGGGGACCGGGCCAAAGGAUAAUCUUCCAUCUUCCAAUGCGUCAACUUCAACACAUGUCUCCGAGCCUCCCAGCGUUCCGUCAUCGAAACCUCCAUCUCGUAUGGGUGGUAUCCCUGCGGCUCACUUCUAUGGAGCUUCUACCAAAACAAAGGGGAAGCAGAAGGCUGUUGAGCCAGUUGUUGUGCCGGACUCCGAAGAGGAGGACGAACGUGAUGAGGACGAGAAGCACGAAAGGGAAGUAGACGCUAUGUUGGACGUCCAACCCAGUCUUGCCACUCAGGAUCCUCUUACCACUUGGAUCUUCACGCUGGAUUCCCUAGGUUCACGGCAUCCUCAAGCACAGAAGGUAUUGCGAUAUUGGCUAAAGGCUGAAGCAAAAGACAAGCAACAAUUUGACGAGGUGAGGUUGGCUGAAGUCAAGCUCGCGCAGGUCCCAUCCCAGCCCAAUUUUGCCGACUGCGGUGUCUACCUGCUACAUUUCGCUAAAACCUUCCUUUCAAAUCCUGUUCACUACUUUAAUCUUAUCCAUCAAAGUAAGAAAAUAUAUCCUGCUGAACAGCGCAAACUCGACUGGAACGAGCAUGUGGUACAGCACUCCCGCAAAGAUCUUAUUGAACGGAUCCAAAUCCUUGCCAAAGAGUGGAAGGCUUCAAGGGCGGCGAAGGAGGAGGACGCGAAACGUAAACGCGAGAGCGAAGAGCCCGGGCAAGCUGAUGGCGAUUCGGAUGUGGAGGUGGACAUCCUCGAGGAUCUGAAGGUUUCACAAUCGAUGCUCAAGUCCAAGGAGAAAGACCGACCAUUGAAGAGGUUGCGUGGUUGAAGGGCCUCUCAGCAGCCUCAGUGACAAGCUACUUACGAAUUUGAUUAUUUUUGAAGCAUACUCUUUACAUCCUGCAUACUGAGUUCCAUUGACGGGGGUGCCCUAUAAUAAUGUCAAUGCUGGGCAUCAGAACACACACAAACA